AUGGAGUAUGUCGGAACGCUCGCCGCCUCGGCCGCCCUUAUGGAGGAGCUCAUUCCCCGCUACCUCGACCCCGAGGCCUAUGCUGUCAUCAACGGCGGUGUUGAUCAGACCACCGUCCUUCUCCAGAAGCACUCCAGAAGCACAUUCAAGUACACCGGUUCUGGAGACAUCAGCAAGAUCGUUGCCGGCGCCUCCGCAAAGACGCUCACCCCCACCACGCUCGAGCUGGGCUGCAAGAGCUCGGUCAUUGUGGAGCCGGACGCCGGCCUCAAGAUGGGCUAUCUGCGUGUCCUCCCAAUGAAGUCGCUGAACCUCGGUCAAGAGCGUGACGACUUGCAGCACGUCGUCUGCGUUACCCCAGACUACAUCCUCGUUAUAAAGCAGCGUGUUGACGACUUCGUCAAGGAGAUCGUCGCGACUCGAGUUUACUCUGUGGCACUGGGGUCAACUUUCAAGCCGAUGACUUCUUCUGAGGUCAUCCUCUGGCUCUCGUCUCUUACUCUCAAGCACGAUGGCGCAUCUCUCGAUAACCAGCAUGCGCCAGUUACAGUCCAACAGCUUCUUGAACACGUCGAUCUUAGCAGCUACAACCCAAUCUCUUUCCUUCCCAGCCCAUACACCUUCUCCUAUCAGGAGGUGAACGGGACUUCGACCCUGGUCGAUGUCUCUUACAAUGCGACAGGGCUCGAUUCAAUCCUCCGUCGCCAAGACUCUGUCCUCGAGGGGCGGGAUGCAACCUGCUUCAAGUUGGCGGAUGCUUCUACUGCGACGUUUGCACUUGGUCUAUUCAAAAGACAGCUUCGAUUGAACAGUCGUGGACAGCCGGCAUUACGGGCGAUUUUGAGGAAGCGCUUCACUUGA